AUGAAUUCUUCCGUAUUCAGUUUUUUAUAUGAAUUGUACUGUGAGUGCUUUGCAUCUGGCAUAUAUUGUGAUGGGUGCAACUGUGUUAAUUGUUAUAACAAUGUUGAGAAUGAAACUGCAAGACGAGAUGCUAUUGAAGCAACUUUGGAGCGCAAUCCAAAUGCAUUCAGACCAAAAAUUGCAAGCAGCCCGCAUGGCACACAGGAUAGAAGGGAAGAGGCUGGGGAAGUUUUAAUUGUGGGAAAGCACAACAAAGGAUGUCAUUGUAAGAAAUCCGGGUGCCUUAAAAAGUAUUGUGAGUGUUUCCAAGCCAACAUUCUUUGCUCCGAAAACUGCAAAUGCUUGGACUGCAAAAAUUUUGAGGGAAGUGAAGAGAGACAGGCUCUCUUUCAUGGUGACCAUGUCAACAAUAUGGCAUAUAUUCAGCAGGCAGCAAAUGCUGCCAUAACUGGAGCUAUUGGGUCCUCUGGUUAUGCAUCUUCUCCAGUGUCUAAAAAGAGAAAAGGUCAGGAACUGUUCUUUGGGUCAACCGCAAGUGAUCCAUCUGUUUCCAGGCUUGGAAGCUUUCCUCAGCCACCCCAUAUCAGAGCUUCUGCACCCUCCUCUUCCCUGUCUUCUCUACCAGUUUCUCGUGCUACUACAACUGCUGCAGACUUGAAGGAGCUUUGCUCUGUUUUGGUAGUUCUGUCAGGAGAAGCUGCGAAAACAGUGUCAGUGAGUAUUAUCAUGUAUGAUGAUCAACUUAUACUUGCUUUGUCGUUGUGUUCAUCUCUAGCAGUUCAUAGAAACAUUUUAUAUUGUGAUGCUUAUUGA